GCUCCGUCAAACCAGAAAUCUGACCAACGACUUGAACAUCUCCUGUAAAUAUUUAUUUGUUCUUGUAUCGUAGAUAGAAUAAAUUGAUAAACAUUAAAAUUGUCACCGUAUCUGAUUCAAAUAAUAAUUUUUCUCUGUAUUCGCUGGCCAGUGAAAGGAGAUUUCCACGUGAUUUUUGCAAAUAAUUAUGUUUAAAGGAAAAAUUACUUCAUAAGAUAAGUGAAUAACCUCUAAAAAUUUACACCGGUGAGCUCUGUCAUAUCACAUGACAGGAUUAUGAUAUCACAUGAAAACUCUUGAAAGUGAAAAUGGAACACUCGUACAAAGCGAUGGACCUCCUCUCUCAAUUGCCCCUUCUGUCUUCCGCUGAAGAGACGGAGGGAUUCGAUUGUCAGGCUGGAAAUCGAUGGAUCUACCCCGAAAAUCUUCCUGUUAGAAAAUAUCAAUUUACUAUUGUCAAGACUGCACUGUUUAAUAACACUUUAGUAUGUCUUCCAACUGGUCUUGGAAAGACGUUCAUAGCAGCUGUAGUGAUGUACAACUACUUCCGGUGGUAUCCAAAAGGGAUAAUUGUCUUCCUCGCUCCAACGAAACCUCUGGUGGCCCAACAGAUUGAGGCUUGUCAUGACAUCAUGGGAAUCCCGACUAGUGAGACAGUUGAACUCACCGGGGCAACAAAUCAAACGAAACGAGCCACUGCGUGGCGUGAACACCGCGUCAUCUUCGCGACCCCCCAGACCUUCCAGAAGGAUCUCGAACGUUCGAUUGUUCCUACAAAUUUCAUUAAAUGUAUCGUCAUCGACGAAGCUCACAAAGCCCUAGGAAAACACGCCUACAGUGAAUCAAUUCGCAUGAUGCACCAGGCCAAUCCUUACUUCAGAAUUCUCGCACUUUCUGCCACGCCAGGAAGUAAACUGGAGGCUGUCCAAGAGGUCAUCAGAAAUCUCCGAAUUACCCACUUGGAAUUGCGAGACGACACAUCACCAGAUAUCAUUCCCUACAUCAACGAGCGCAAGCUAGAAAUAAUCUUGGUUGGCUUGGGUCAAGAUCUCUUUCAAUUCAAAGAAAAAUACAUCGAGAUAAUGGAUAGACACGUGAAAAUUCUUCUUCAGCAUAAAGUUCUCACCACCUCCACUGCCCACAUUUCCAAGGGUCGAAUCUUCCACAUACUCAAUGAAUAUAAAUCACGAGCGCAAAAAUCUAACAACCACGGUAUUAUCAUGAAAACCUUGAAUAUUCUCUUGACGAUGUACCACGCUUAUGAAUUGAUUAUUCGUCACGGAUUACGAGCAUUUAUUCAUUUUUAUCAAAAUCAUUCCGAUAAAUUUUGGUUGGAUAAUGAAACGGAACUUCAGGAACUAUUGGAAAAUAUAAAAAUCUAUCUGGGCCCAUUUCCAGAAGCAGGACCGUUCAUGGAUGGAAGUGUUACAGAAGUCCCGGAAAAUCUAGUGUUUGGUCACGGAAAAUUUGAAACUUUAAGAAGUUUAUUGAUCAACCACUUUAAGCGAGCUGAGAAUAAAGAAAACAACACGAGGGCAAUAGUCUUCACUGAAUAUCGCGAUAUUGUCAAUGAAGUUUACAUUUUACUCCUUCAGUGCCGGCCAUUUAUUCGUCCUCAGGUGUUUGUCGGCCAAGCCGGUCUAAAGCAGAAGCAACAGAAAAAAGCUCUCGAGGAUUUCCGAAGUAAUCAAGUCAACGUUUUGAUAUCAACAUCUGUUGGGGAAGAAGGAUUGGAUGUUGGAGAAGUUGAUCUAAUCGUCUGCUUCGACAUCUCUCAGCACUCACCAACACGAUUGGUCCAGCGAAUGGGUAGAACAGGAAGAAAACGGAAUGGACACAUAAUUGUACUCGUUACGGAUGGAAAAGAGCAUCAAACACUCCAAGCAGCUUUAGCUAAGCGUGAUUCAAUGAAUAAUAAAGUUCUCCAUUCGAGUGGAGUUAUUUCAGCCCUGCAUAACUCCAGUCCUCGUAUGAUACCUGAGGAUAUUGAACCUGAAGUACAAAAGCUCCACAUGACAGUUCUACCCAAAGGUCCACCAGAAAAAAAGGGGAGAAAAAGGAAAACCCCAUUGGAAACAGAGAAAAAAACGAAACGAGCGUCCAAAUCUAGAAAUCAGAAAAAUUCCGACGAAAGUGGAAAGAAUGGAGGACAGGGUGGAUCACUUAUGAGAUUCUUAACAACUGUGUCUAAUGAUAAUGAUGAAGUCGAUGAUGGUAUUGUAGUCCCUAGGUUACAGAAGACGAGGAUGUCUCCGCAAGACGGCAGCCAACCACUUAGGACUAAUUCUAUAAGCCUUGGGGUCGUCAAGCAGGCCGACGUUAAGCUUUUGACUAAUGAUAAUGAGACUCUCGAGUUCCUCACACUCUGUGCCACCAGACAGUCUGCAAAAGAUGACAACAACAAUGAAAAUCAGGAGAAUAGAAAUUUUGUUAUUCCUUACGUCCCCGAAACAUUGAACUGUAAAAAUAAUUUUUUUAGUGAUUUGAGAAUUCCUGAUGAGGAAAUCCUCAACUGCUUGGAGACAGUUAAAGAGUUCGAAAAACCUGUGGAGGAUGAAUUCACUCAAAUGACUCCUGGCAUCAUUUUUGCAGACAACUAUAGUCCGGAGGAUUUCAUGGAUUGUGGCAAUAAAUUUGAGGAUUUGUUGGACACUAGCGAAUCUGAUCGUGAGGGUCAAUGCGACGAAAAAGAGUCACCACCUUUGGAAAGUGUUGAUUGGAAACAUGAUAAUAUUAAUGAAAUCGACGACAAAAGUACUGAGAAGAAUUUGAGAGUUAAUUGUGUCAUUAGCAGUCAUUCUGAGGCAGUCGUAGAUGAUUUUUCUGAGAAGGAAAUUCAACAAAACUCAGAUAUUCAUACAAGAGAAUUGAAAUCAUCAUUAAAGGGUAUUGACACUCGUGAAAAUAAUCAGUUUCCUGAGUGUUUGACUGAGGGUGCAUUUGAAAAUAUUUUAGAUGAGUCCUCUGAUGAAGAUCUCGAUGCAACGCAAUUCAAUUUAGAGUCCAUAACUACUGGCGUUAAAAAUCCAGAGGUAGUAAUUGAAAGCAAUGGAAAUAAAACGAAUUCAGACAGAAGAAAAGUGGAUGAAGAGUUAAUAAAUACUAGACCAAUGGAGAUGGAAAUCGAUGAACCAAUAGCAGAUAUAUUCUCUAGCAGUCCAGUUCUGGUAGACGCUGAAGAUAUUGAGAUAAUUCCAUUGUCUCAGCUUCCUCAUCAUUCUACCAAUCUAAAACCACAGAUAAACAAUGUAAAUUUAUUGAAUGAUAAUACAGAAAUUGUCGACAUUGAUGAAACCCAAAUUGAACAAACGAUUGACGUUAACUAUGGCAAUAAAAUUAAACCCAAGUUGUCGUUAUCAACAAUAAAUCAGAUGAAGAGGAAUCCUCAGAAGGAUAUUCAUUCAUUUACAGGACAAAGUCAGGUUAGUAGUCAUUCCAAUGAUAAGAGCACAUCAUCUAACGGGCCUAGGACUGAAUUGAAUCUUCAGAAAAAAAUCAAACACUUUACGAGCCCGUGUGUAACUCAAAAUUCAUUAAACAAAUCUAUCAAGAUCUCUUCUCAUCCUGUAAUGAAUUCAACUCAUUCAGAAAAAAAUGCUCAAUCUCGUAAUGAUAUUGCAGAAGUAAAUCUAACUGACUUAGACGAUGAUUUUGAAUUUUCGGAGGACAUGGCAAAAAUAGAAACAAUGCCACAGGUUUCUAUACUGUCGGAAUGUUUCAAUCCUCAGCCCAGUUCAAGUUUUGCCACUUUGACAAAUCAAAAACCUGACUCAGAUACGCUUCAUUUACCCAAUGAAAAUAGUAAACUAAUUAAAGCACAUGCUGUCGAACGGCAAUGGCCAUCCAAUCGCACGUCGUCAAAGAACUCGAACACUGGAUGGGAUCAAGAGAGAAAUAAAGACUCAACAAAGAAAAGCUUCCCAUACAGGGCAGAUCUUACUAAAGCACUAAAUCGUUCUCAAACUCCAAAGCAAUCCAGUGAUAAAAAUAGAUUGAUUAGUAUUCUGAAUUCAACUGUUGUGCCAGGUGCAAAGAAAUCUGACAAAAUUAAUAAAAUGUUUGAAGAUGAUCUCGAUGAUUUUGAUUGGAGCAGUGACUUCGAGGUAUCAGAGACUAAAACUACAGAGUCAAAAUUCUUUAAGGGAAACACAAAGACACUGAGUAAAAUCAGUGACUCCACUGGGUCUUCAGGUGAAUUUUCAUCAUCGAAAUAUUUCAAUAAACCCCGGGAUAAAUUCCAAAAUGAAGCCCAGCCAUGUUCUUCCUUGAAAAACGAUAAGUUGGCGGCUAUUCGUGCGACUUUGUUCUCAAAACCAAGUAAAGAGUUCAUAACACGAUCGAAUUCAGACUCGGAUGACGACUUUUCAUCUACUAAAAUUGAAAAGACAGCUUUUAGGCGAUUUUCAAGUAAAACCAGUGAUAACGAUCCAGAAAUUGUAAAUACAAAGGAUAAAAAAAUAAUUACUGCCUCGAAUGGAAAUAAUUCUGCAGUUCGACAGGGAAUGCCACAAAAAUUCGAUAAAAGAGUGAGAAGUCAAUCCAGGAAUUCAUCCAUGAAACCAAAGAGUUCAAUGGGAAAGAGAAGAGAUCGAGCAAAAAGUAAUUUUAUUGAUGAUGAAGCUGAAGAGUCUGGAGAUUGUUAUGAAGUAACAGAUGAUUCUGAUGAAGAUGAUGGAGGGGAUCUCAAGGAUUUUGUGAGUCAUACUCAGGUGCACGAUGAUUCAGUGGACAUGAAGGCGUAUUAUCUCCAGAGCACUAGGAGUCCCAAGAAAAGAAGUGGAUUUCAUUUGAAAAGGCCCAAGACUCCGCCUCCAGAUCUUCAGAUAUUUUCGCAGACAGUUGAACCUGACACUUAUUUGUAUGAUUCUUUCUGUGUGAGUGCUAGUCAAGAGGAAGAUGAAGUAUUUAAUCAAGAUUCUUCUGAGGAGAUUACCAUUAUCGAAGAGCUUGACCAUAAAUCAAGAAACAAGAGGAAGAGAGGAGAUUCGAUGGACUUUAAAGGAAAGAGAAGAAGAAUCCAAAUGUUGGAAGACGAUAGCAGUGAUGAUGAGACUGAGAGGUUGAGGGCCGCCAUUUUCGAAGAGUCUAUGAUGUUGAAAAAGCGCAUCACCGAUCAUUCGAUUCUGGUACCCUUGACUGACUUAGGCGAAAGUUUCAAAAGUGAAUCCCUUCAUCAAACCUACAUGGUCACUGAAUUGAAAUGAUCAAGGGCAAAAGAUUUUCCAGAGAAAUAAUCUCUUGGUUAACAGACUGAGAGUUGACUGCUCCACUUCAAGAAAAUAUCUUCAGCGAAUUGGUAUAAUUGGUUCACCCGUCUAUAAAUGUGGCAAUUCCUAUUAUAUGACGAUCCCAGACAAAUAAUAUAUGAGAAAUUUAUGAAACAAAAUGUUUUCCACCUGCCAAAUACGAGAAUUGUCAAUAAGACUAGAUAGGGACUCUCUUAUUAGUA